CUCAAAGUGACCAAUUGGUUGGUGCGCUUUGAACAGGACAUCAGUGACACCACUGAUCUCAAUACUAAUCUCAUCGAUAUAUUAGCAAAACAACAGAAAGUGAUAGAAGAAGGUCUGGAAAAUGCAAAAAUGAUAACCACUCUCAUCAAGGACUGCAUUGCACUGCAUCUGCAAAGCGGGCGUCCGAUGGCUAAACACGACUUACUGGCCAUUUGUAAAGCUAUUUGUAUUCUUAAAGGCAUUCAAUUGGCAUUUCAUCAUAAGAAAGGUGCUUUGAUUCCCAUUAUCGGCCAUUUGGCUCAAUAUAACUGCUGUGUUGUCCUCAAAAUGUUGAGUAACACUAAAACCAAAAUCAUAGCCGACGUCAAGAAAUAUUCCGAGAAAAAGUUGGAUCUCCUGUCGGCUGUGAUUCUGGCCUCCAAUUGUCUAAACGGUCCGAUUCUGACGAAUCCGCGAAGAAUAUUGACGUCUAUUUGUUUGUCUAUUAUCUCAACGGCGCUGAGCGCUGAAGAUAUCGCCAAACUAUUGAUGUUAACGAGAAAACUAGAAUUAUUUACAAAAAUUCACGCAUUGGUCGACAUUCGCACGAAUUGUGAGUUUCUAUACUUUAAUCGCGCGGUUCUCGGCAUUUAUUUCAACAACUUCUUCGAGAGUGAGUCGAGUAAUGUUCAUGAGUUGAGACACUUCUUCAGCGCUUUGUCCGAUUCGUUCACUUUUAUUAAUAAAUGCAAAGACGACGAGAAGAGAGAGCUUUUGACCAAACAGUUUGAAACGGAAACGUAUGAACAGUUCAAAAGUGACUUUUUAGACAGAAUUUGUACGGAAUUUGAAACUGAAUUAAGACUUCAAGUCCACUCAGAUCUACAACUUGACGAUCAAAGUCCGUUCAAAAGACAUUUGCAUGACUUCAGCGCACUGUUAACCUCAGAACCGAUUCGUUUCAAUGAUAGGUUGAUAUCUAUCAAGAGUUAUGUCGAGGAAUACCUGAACGAAAUGGCAUACAAUCUGACGACUAUAGCACUACACGACUGGAAAACAUACGAAUCGAUGUUGAAUUUGGCGAAAACCAAGUAUGGCUUGGAGUUCGUGAGGUCUCAACUGCCGACCCAGACAUUAGAACAGGGAUUGGAUGUGUUGGAGAUCACCCGCAAUAUUCAUGUAUUUGUUUCGAGAUAUUUAUAUAAUUUAAAUAAUCAGAUGUUUAUCGAGAAGUCAUCGAAUAAUAAACAUUUAAAUGUAUUGCUUAUAAGACAUGUGGCAAACUCUAUACAAACCCACGGCUUUGGUAUUAUCAACACUACAGUGAACUUCACGUAUCAGUUCCUACGCAAGAAAUUCUAUAUAUUCUCGCAAUUCCUAUAUGAAGAGCACAUAAAGUCGCGACUCAUUAAGGAUUUGAGAUAUUUUCGAGAAUCAGAAGCCAAUAAGUUUCCCUUUGAAAGGGCAGAGAAGUUAUGCAAAGGAAUUCGCAAAUUAGGACUCACUGCUGAUGGCAUGUCAUACUUGGACCAAUUUAGACAAUUGAUUAGUCAAAUCGGGAAUGUCUUGGGAUUCGUGCGGAUGUUGAGGAGUGGAGCCCUUCACUGCAGUUCCAAUUCCGUGAACUUUGUGCCAGAUUUGGAUGAUUUGACUGAAGUGUCAUUCGAGACGAUGACAAGCGAUGAGAGUCUGAGCGCCGACACAGUGACCGCCGGCCAGAACUUGGACUCAAUUCUGUCCACUUUGAACCGAAACUUCACAGAAUCGACCGAUUAUUUCAAACUAUUGGUCGACGUGUUUGCGCAGACAUUUCGGGACUCGAAGAACUAUCACCUGAAGAACUUUUAUGCAAUACUUCCGGCGACGACCUAUAACUUUGUCGAGCACUUGAUUAUCAGCAAAGAGAAGAUGACCCGCAAGAACAAAGUGGGCGCCGCCUUCACGGACGACGGCUUCGCUAUGGGCGUCGCCUAUAUCCUCAAACUCCUCAAUCAGUUCAAUGAUUUCGAUUCACUUCAUUGGUUUAGUUCUGUGUCCGAGAAAAUCAAGACAGAGAUCAAUGAAGCCAACCGUCAGAGCGCUCUCAACGCCAACAGUGACGUCAAGUUAACACAAACCACGAGUUUAACGAUCAAGAGAUUAGAGAACCUCCAGAAGGAGUUCCACCUCUUGGAGUACAGUCUCACCAGUUCUCGCAUUCUAUUCAAAGCCACUCCAGAAUCAGUCAAUUAA